GUACUACCUUGCGUGACAGUCAGCAAGAUCAUGUAACCCUAUCUGGAUUGGGUUUAAUACGAAUCUAACGGUAGUACGUUUUCCUUCAUGUAACGAUUAUAGUGCCACUGGUAAAAUUAUAAUUUCCAGCUUCGUAGUGAGAGUCAUGUACGGGGACGGGAAUACGACCGACGUUGUUCAGGAGCAACAAGAAACAGUAGCGACGGGAACGGAUGAUGAGAAACGAGGUCUCCAUGCCCUACUCCUACCUCUGCUCCUAGUGGCCCUCAUCAUCACGACCAAUGGUCUCAGCCUGGCCGCCUUUGCCGUCGAGAAACGACUCCGUGGCUACAACAAUUACUUCAUCAUAAACCUUACAAUCUCGGACUUUCUCUUCGGGUUUGUCAUCAUCGUGACAUCCUUGCACACCUAUUUUAGACGAUUCCCAUUCCCGGGUAACAACUCGUGCCGGAUCUUCUACGGUGUUGUCAGCAGCGUCCAGUUUGUAUCAAAUCUGAUCAUCAUCACUAUCUGCAUUGAUAGACACCGAGCAACCUACGAUCCCAUCGGGCAUUUCACCACCAGGAGCAAGCGAAAGGGGAUCUACGCGAAUAUUUCCGUGUGGGUUGCAUCAAUCCUUUUCUGGUUCGGAUUUUCGACGAUUCCCGACUUCGUCAUGGACUUCAACAACACGUCCAGUUGCUUCGUUUGGCAUUCCGUGAACGCGAUCGGCCAGAUAGUACCAGUAUUCAUCCGGUUCAUCAUCCCUUUCACAAUCAUGCUGAUAAUCUAUGUGCGGAUCUUCGUGAAGAUCCAAAAGAUAGCCGGUAGAAAGCACAUCGGCGAAGAAUUUAAUGGGGACACUUCAUGGUCGCGGCAGAGCAAAUCGGACGGCGGCGACGACGCUGAUGAUUCCAAAGAGGGUCCCAUCACUACCAUAGAAUCUGGUGGUCAGAAAGCAGUCAAGCGUGAAUCAACAUCCGAGGUUCGCAGCGCCACAAAGACACUCCUCUUCAUCGUCAUCGCUUUCUUUAUUACCUGGUCUCCAGUUUCUGUCAUCUCCUUCAUCUACUCGAUUGAACCGACACUCAUCUAUCCACGGCUUCCUGACUGGGCGCUUUUGGUACCCGGUUGGCUGGUCUACGUGAAUAGCCUACUCAAUCCGCUUUGCUACGUUGUCUCGCAGCCGCUGUUCCGGAAAACCGUGUUCGGUUUGAUCCGCCACCCUAUCCAAUAUUGCAGAGGGAAAUAAUCGUCGGUUUCAUGUGAUUGUUUUAUUUAUUUAUUUGUUAAAAUAUCUUUAUACAGGAUAACAAGCUCAGAUUGACUGUUUUUCAGCAUGGUCCUGUUGACAUAAAAUAACAAAGAUAAAAGUGUAACUUAGGUUCUGUACAAGUAAUGAAUGAAUUAAAUGACAUUUAAAAUCAGAAUUUAUCACUAACACAAAAGUUGUUCAAAGAUAACAUUAAUUUUUUUUCUCGAAUUGAUGAAAUGAGAAGUAUUAUCAUGUAGACAAUACAAUAACAGUAAAAUAUAAACUAAGAUGUAUGAUAUCAUUGACAUAGUAAAUAAAAAAAUCAACAAAAUUUAUGAAGGAAAUUAGGAAUCUAAUUAUUAUUGAGCAUAUCAUAUUAGACUUAAGUAGAAAAUUUUACAAAAUAAAUAUCACCAAGCAAAGUAAUGGAAGCGUAUUUGCUAAGAGUACGAAUUAUAUUAUAUAAAUACCAUUCGUUCUAACAUUGGAUAACACAAAUCAUUAACACAAUCAAAAAGAGAAAUAUAGAGUAAGAUGGAACAAAAAAAAAGCAUCUAGUACUAAUUAUUGAAAUUAAACUUCUUAUAAAUCAAUUUAAAUGUUUCGACAGUUUGUGCAUUUUGGAUAUUAUUGGGUAUGUCAUUCCAUCGUUUGGCACCGGAAAAUCUUAAAGUAAGGAAAAUUGAAGGUGAACAACGGGUGCAACUACGUUAAGGCUAUCAUUAGUUCUUGUAUGGUAAUUAUGUCGGUCACAGACCAUUUCAAUGUCAUUAAAAAGUGGGGGAUUGGCUAAUCCAUGUAUGCAUUUAAACAUUUGUGUGGCAAGAGAGCAUUCUUUUCGUUCAUCAAUAUUAGUCCAGGUAAGAUUUUUACAGGUGUUUUAAGAGAAAUGUUUUGAUCAAAGUUAUGUAACGUGCGGCCCUUUUUUGUAAUCUACAAAUUAUGGCGGAUUUAGAAUCGUUGCAUUUGUGAUUUAAAGUCUAAUAAUCAAUGGACUGAAUCUUACGAUUCCCACUGUCUAGGCUCCUCAUAAAGAUCGGUUAGGUUCUAAACUGUUAGAGCAAAUUGGAUUUAAAAAUAUACUUAACAUCCAAACUCCCCUGUUUGGGACAUCUUUUGAAAAGUUCUAUUCGGAACUAACACCAGAUAUUGAGGUUGCAAUUGUGAUUUUUCUUAUUGCAUAAUCACAAUUAAAUCAUCAUGAUCACUGGUUAAUUCAAUAUAUUGUUGAGUAAUAGGAACGUAAGAAUUAACUUGGUAUUUUAUGGAUUGGCAUUAGUAUGUCACGAACACAAAGUGAGGUAAGGUAAAACAAAAAUAUUUAAUUUCUGAUGAGAUGGUAUCUAUUUAUAUGGGUAUAUAUGUAAUGUAGUUAUUUGUUUCACCACUCCCAUUGAUUUACAGCUACGAAAUCAACGACAAAAUGAUUUGCUCUUGUCUAUGUAAUACUUGUGAAAACUGCCCGUUGGUUUGUCGGGUAUGAAACGGUAUAGAUGGAAAAUGAAAAGGGUUAUUAUCCCCCCUGUAUGUUUGGAAGAAAUUUAUAUCUGUUGAGAACCAUCUUUAUUGUAAAUUUUUUCAUUAAUAUUUUAGUUCAAAGUAUAUACUUGAAUACUCUCUUUUGCUAUAUAUUUGAGGUUCACGUGAUUAAUGCAUCUUGUGUAAUGACACGGCAGAUCUUGGCUAUGAUAUAUAAAGUUAUAUUUAUUUAGACAGUAAAGUAUAUAUAGAUUUUGUGUUACAUCUAUGUAUAAAGUCAUAACAAACUGUCACUAUCAAUAAUUUGACAUCAUGAACGAACUUCACUCUGUCUUAAACAUACUAAUCAGAAUACUCUCAGUAUGAUAUG